AGUUUAAUUUAUCAUAAUAGUGCUGCAUCUUCAUAUUAUGAUAUGCGAAAGGAUUUAGGAAGCUCAACAACACAAUGAUUAAUCUGUGCAGAUUCACGAACGCUUUGCAGCGAACAUGUAGAGUCCUAAUGCGCGAUGUUCGUCGUAGGACCUUCCUCUCGACGAAUUUCAAGAGAGAUUACAGUUCAGCAUUGUACAUUUCUGGUAAUAAAGCUUACAAGGCAUUCGCAUUCCUGUCACCGUACCUGGAUUGCGAUGAGAGAUUUGCUGAUAUGGAGAAACUGCGGAAAGAGCUGGUGCUACGUGGGAUGAAUGAUGUGAAUGUGAUUCAGUUGAAGAAUGCGUGGGAUUUCUACUUGAAGAUGGUUGGGGACAGAAGUGCUUUAGAGAGCAACAAUUCCGAACUCGCGGGUCGCGUGAAAAGUUUACUCGAAAGUCCCGAACGUACUACUGAGCAAGAGCAAGAAAUCCUCAAACUGCGUACCCAGUUGAAUAUCAUACGACAAGACUUGAAGACCAUCAAAGAAGCGAUCUGGGAGUUGGACGAAGAUGUGAUGGAGAGAAUCUUGAAAUUACCAAACGAGUUGGAUCCUAGAACACCCAUCGACGAGUCGGUGGUGCUGAAGAGCAUCGGCAGCGUGCUCGAAUUGUCCCAGGAAGACAAAAGAAGGAGUCACAUCGACAUCGGAACAAGCUUGGAUCUACUGCAAUACAAGAACCCCAUGCAUUAUUAUCUAUGCAACGACGCAGCCUUGUUCGAGCUCGCCAUCCUGGCGCACGCGGGCAGAAUUUUCGGCGAAAACGACAUGGUCAGGAUAGUCGGGACCGAUUUCAGUCGUAGUCUCGUAGUAGAAGCUUCCGGUUUGAAUCACGAGGACCCCACGGCAGCUUUCGUCCUAGAGAAUCACAACGAGGUCGAGAGGGGCUCGCCAAAUCGCAUGCACCUGGUCGGUGGCGCGAGCCUGGUCUCUUUCCUGAUCCUACAUACGAAACAAUUGAUAAAUCCCAAUCAGUUCCCGCUCAAGUACUUCACCACCGGGAGACAGUACACGCCGGUGCCGCGUGACGCGCAGGUGUGCGGUUUGUUCACGGCUUGCCAAGCAUCCGUGGCGCACGCCUUCGUCGUGGUGAAGGACACGAGGAGCGAGGAGUACGAGACUCGGUUCAACGAGCUCCUGGAGAACGUAUGCAGAUUGUAUGACGACCUGGACGUUCAUUAUCGCGUUGUCAUGCGAGCCGCGUCCGAGCUGCAGCCUUGCGAGGGCCUGCGCGUCUCCUUCGAGAUGUGGUCGCCCUUCGCGAAUCAGUAUGUCGAGGUCGGUCACGUGUCCGCGUACGGAACUUACUUCAGCAAGAGAUUACUCAUCGCCUACCAGACCCCUCGUGGCAGAGACUUUCCCGCAAUGAUAUCCGGCACCGUUCUCUCCGUUCCGCGUCUGCUGGCUUGCAUGCUCGAGCAAAAACCCGACGAAUUCGUGAUUCCACCGAGGAUUGCCGAACUUGUGCCUUCGGACGAUUACACGACUACAUAAAUUAAUAUGCUAUGUAAAUCAGUAAUUGGAGAAAUUGUUGAAUUGCUAUUAAAGCUCUUGAGUCCCCUCGCUGCUGCCAUGUUAGAUUGUGACAUCACAAUUCCAACAUAGUCGGUGAGGAGCCAGGAACCUUAAUAUAUUGUAAAAAUAUUGUAUAAAUUUUUUUCCAGACUAAGGAAAAAUGUUUAAUGCUUUUCUGAAAUAUGUAGGAAUGGAUAUCAAUUGAUAAUAUAGAAGUUGUAAAGAGGCACGAGUUUCAGUUUAUAAUUUUGGUCCAUAAUAUAUAUUAGCGCAAUAAUAAAUGCUGGAGUAUGUUACUUGACUUUUGUACAAAGCAUCGUCUUAGGCUGCUAUUUUACAAGAUAUCGUUCGAUGUAAUGCAGAACUUCGAAAGCGACUUCCACCAUGAUAAGAAUGAUUAUCAUCCAUUCCAAACGAACGUGAUGACGGUCACUCAAGUGCGACGAUAAAAUGCUUACCAAUUCCA